CAAAAUUCUGCAAGAUAAAUGACUAAAGGUAACAGAGAAGAUCCCAAAACUGGAAGUAAGAUGGAACGUUUUCCACAAGGAGUCCGGAAACAUACACUUCUGGCAAAAAAAAAAAAAAGGAUGAUGUUAAAUUACUUAUUGAAGAAUGCUUUCGUGCUUUUCACCGUUGUUGCUGUGAUUUUCGGUGAGUAA